AUGGACACGGCCUCCGACAUAAGUCAGAUUGAUGAUGAAAUAAUCAGAUUAAAAAAUGAACUCUCUAGAACGAAAAAUGCAUUGACCAGUCAAAUUAUCAAAAGACACCAGCUAGUGGCUGAACUGUCACUGAAAGUUGACAAAAAAAAUAAUCAACUAAAAGAAUUCCAACGUUCAAAUUUCAACGAUCUAGGCAAAGUGUUGAGGUCACUGUACGUGUUCGAGUCGAAAUUAAGAAAAGAACAACAGCAAAUCAGACGGCAACUGGGAGAGAGAGAUUCGGUGAUAAGGCAACAACAAAUAGAAAUCUCAAAAUUGAGACAGAAUCUAGCGAACCUUUGUCAUAAGAAUGAGACGCGCGAGGAAACGGAAAUUUCGAUUUCAAAGCCCGACUUGAUCACAUCUAUCUCGUCACAAUCACACUUAAACGAACACGUGAAAAAUAACGAUGGAGAUUCUCCUUCCAAUUCGGAAAAACUCAUAGUACUACCGCCGAAAUUGGAGGGACCGAGGAAAAAUGUCUUACCGGUUGACACGCGUACUAAGAAAAAUUCAAACAACAAUAUCAACUUUAACAAGAACGUAUACAGUAAAACUGUUACGGACUUGUCUCUCAAUGACAUAUCGUCGUUUCCAAACCCAACACCCAAUAACAACUUAUUUGUUGUGUCUAACUCUAUUUUCUCGAAAAACGAGUUUACAUACAACGAAGUCUCUAAAGAGGUGAUAACUUCGGUGAAGCAAAACGGCAAGGUGAUCACGUCCGCGCUGAAGAAGGCGGACAAGUACCCUUCACCGAAGUCCGUGCAUUUCGGCAAGACGACUCACAUACCCGAGCCCGACGACGAAGGUCAGACGGACAUCGUCAAGACGGUGGAGACGCUAUUGCUGCAGGAGUGCGGCGACUCGACCGAAUCGGAGAACGACACUUCGAGCACGGCGUCCACGGAAACGUCGCCCAGCGUGUCGCAGAUGGUCCGGAAGUUCGAGAGCAUAUGCACCACGGCGGCCACGACUUCCGGUUCGGCGACGGGGUCAGAGUCGCGCGGCGCCGACGGGAGGUCUCCUACUCCGGUGGACAACCGUGGAGGCGGCGGCGGCGGAAGCGACGGCAGCUACAUCGCGGACGCCGACCUGAGGACGGCGGCCGAGCUGGACGUGAGGACCGACUCGGAACCGGACGUGUGCGGCGGCGGCUGCGCGGCGGUGUCGCUCAGCGACCUGGACCCCCGGAACAACUUCGAGGAGUUCCGGUUCGAGGACAGUGACCUGGACAAGGAGUACGGGUGCGGCCGGUCCGAGGCGGACGGGCUCGAGUACCCGUCCGGGCACGGUUCGCCGUCGUCCGUGGCCGCGGCUGUCUCGGCGGCCGCGGUCCUGCUGCGGUCGGCCGGGGACGACGGGGGGUGCUGCGCCGCCGGCCGGGUCAACUACGAGUCGUUCCUGGAAGUGACCGGGCUCAGCCAGAAGUCCAUCAUCACGGUGCAGUCGAACAGGAACGCGUACGGGUCGCACAGGAACGUGAAGAAGCCCAAGGACGUGAAGAGCAGGAACCGGGCCAAGUCGGCGUCGUUCGACUGCAAGUCCGCGUACCCGGCCGCCGUCAAGUACUGGACGGAACCCUAUCUCUGA